CUGAGAUGUGUGCAAGGUUAAAGCUAGCUACUUAGUUCAUAUAUCAGCUUAAUUUGGUGUCUCUCAGUACGUGCUCUAGCUAUAUUUGCAUAGGGUGGAACUAUGGCUAAGAAGCUGUCCUCCGAGUUGGCCAUCGAAGAGCUCAAGAAAGUUGUCAGAGAAAAGGAAGAGUUGGAGGAUGUGGCGGUGGAGAAGAUCGACAAGCUAAUAGCUGAGCUGCAGGGAAUCCAUCUGAAUCCAAUAGAUCCAGCUGUUCAGAGGAUCAUCAUGGGCUUCACCUACUUCAAGUUCAACAUAUUCGACAAGAACCCAGAACUGUUCAAGAAACUUGCCGAGGGCCAAAGCCCCCAGUUUCUGGUGUUUGCUUGCUCAGACUCACGAGUGAGUCCGGAUGUUAUCCUAAACUUCAAACCAGGAGAAGCUUUCAUGGUCCGCAACAUUGCUAACAUGGUCCCUCCUUUCGAUCAGCUGAGGUACAGCGGAGUUGGUGCAAUCCUUGAGUAUGGCAUCACAGCACUUAAGAUACCCAACAUUCUGGUGAUUGGGCACAGCAGGUGUGGAGGAAUCAAAAGGCUUAUGGAACAUCCAGAGGAUAACUCUGCUCCCUUUGACUUCAUAGAUGAGUGGGUGAAAAUCGGCUUGCCCGCAAAAUUUAAGGUGAAGAGCGAACACGAUCCCGGCAAUACAAGCUUUGACGAGCUAUGCGAAAUGUGUGAGAAGGAAUCGGUGAAGAACUCGUUGGUGAACCUGCAGACAUAUCCGUAUGUGCAGAGAGGAAUGAGGAAGAAGGAGCUGGGACUGUACGGAGGGUACUAUGACUUCGUGAAAGGAGAGUUCAAGCUGUGGAAGUACGAAGCUCAGAUGACAGAAGCCAUUACGCUGCCAAUUGUUCCAGUUCCGCCUAUCAGUCCGCCGCUCGAGAUCCCUGAUUUUGGCCCUCUAGCACCUUCCAAGUGAUGACCCAUCCAUGACCAUCAUGCUUGCUUUUCUCUCUUCCUUAUUUCAUAUUUACAUCCUCCCUCUUGUCUUGUGCUUUAAUUUUUUAAUUUCCUCGCAUUUUACUCUCUUCCUCUCUAUGUUAUCAGGUCUUGCUAAAUAAAUGUGUGCCUUGCCUUUC